GCGCAGAGUACAAAAUAACCGCUUUUAAAACUUUUAUUUUGAAGAUGUAGUCCUAGAAACGGAAGUUAACAUGAACACAGCAAACGCGGUACCGUUUGUGUUAUUUAAUUAUAUUGCAAUUAUUAAAUGAGCACAAUGGUGGAGUAUGAAUUAUUUCAUAAACAAACUGUGUCUAUAAUGACACUGUUGUCAGAAACAGCUCGAGACGAAAUUCAGAAAGUUUUUGACUGUGAAUAUCGCCCAUCCCACACUGAAACUGUUAGUGACAGAGAAAGCAGACUGGCAAAGCUCACUGCAGUGAUGGAGACCUUUACCAACGUGGCUGUUCAAAAAAUAUGCAAAGUCUUCAGUUAUUGCUUUACUCUUAAGCCAGCUCAGCUGAAGGGUUAUAAAAGUUACCAUGAUGAUGUAGUAAACGUGAAAGAGGUGGUGAAGGAGGAGCACCUGAAGAAACCUGAAAGAAAAAACAAUCAAACUGUCAGAAAUGUGCCUGAUUCUGAAGCUGUAGCUCCAUCAGUGUCUCCGGAGAGUCCGAAUCUGCUCACUGCAUCAUCUGAAGAAAGUGUACAACCACAGGAUUCUGUCCAGCAGUGUGCAGAGGGGGGUAACGUUUCUGCAUUUUAUCCUGAGUUGUCAAGCGGUGGAAAAGAGAAGCCAGUGCAAGCAUUUUUUAUAGAAGUUGAAUACAGUACCAUUGCCUCUGUUGAAGACCAGCAACCUGAAGUAAACCCACAGGCAGAGCAAAUCAGUACAAAGUCCGAGAAAACCAAGAAGACAAUAUCAUUUGACUGUAAUGAGUGCGGAAAGAAUUUUCUCUGGAGACACUCACUAAAUCAGCACAAAUGUGGACAUUUAAAAGGGCCUCACAGUUGCGAGCAGUGCGGGAAGAAGUUUAAAUUCUUAAAAGGAUUGGAGAAACACCUACUGCGUCACAGUUCAUCCGAGAAGAAAGGACUCUGUAAAACAUGCGGGAAAACUUUUGCCAACGUUAAGAUGCACGAACGUGUCCACCUGGACGUGAAGCCGUUUCUUUGUUCCGUAUGUGGACACGGCUUCACCGUAAAGGGAAGUUUAUUGGCACACCAGAGGAUCCAUACAGGUGAAAAACCAUACAGCUGUGAGACAUGCGGGAAGCACUUUUCACACUCGGGCAACCUCACCAACCAUCUGACUGUUCAUUUAAAUGAGAAACCGUGGAAAUGCAGCCUCUGUGACAAGACUUUCAAAACAGAAAAACAAAUGAAGUUUCACCAGGUUGUGCAUACAGGAGAGAAACCCCAUAUAUGUCAUGUAUGCGGGCAGAAGUUUGGCCACAUUACAAACCUCAGAAGGCAUCUCCUUGUGCACGGUGGUGUGAAACGGCAUGUGUGUGAAAUCUGUUCCAAGCAGUUUUAUCAGAGCAAAUCUCUGAAGAGGCACAUGGCAAUACACGGAGCUCUGAAGUCAUUCAUGUGUGAAAUAUGUGGGAAGAGUUUUGUUUUUAACUAUGCUUUACAGAAACACUUACUCACACAUAGUGAGAAAUCUGGAGCAAAUCUGGAUGGCAAAUCUGGAGAUGGGAAGAACUCCUUCCCAUGUGAUGCAUGCGGAAAACGCUACAGUUCUACCGCUUUGCUCAGAAUGCAUGAGAGACUCCACUCGGAAAAGGAUCCGUACAUGUGUAAAGUCUGUGGCAAAAGCUACAGCAGCAUGUAUUCGCUGAAGGAACAUGAGAAACUUCAUUCAGGAGUGACGCCGUUCAAGUGUAACGUGUGUGAUAAGACUUUUACUCAAAGAGUUGGUUUGAAAACGCACGAGGUUGUUCAUACCAAAGAAAAACCCUUCAAAUGUUCUGUUUGUGGGAGCAAAUUUGGACUUCCUAACAGUCUUAAACUGCAUAUGCGCAUUCACUCCGGUGAAAAGCCACACAAGUGCGAAACAUGCGGAAUGUGCUUUCGCUUAUCUGGAAACUUAAGCCGACACAAGCGGGUGCACACUGGCGAGAGACCGUUUAGCUGUGAGGUCUGUGGGAAAAGCUUUGUACAACUUAGCCAUGUGAAGGCACACAUGCAAAUCCACACUGGUGUGAAACCCUACACGUGCCAGAAAUGCGGGAAGAAAUAUGCGUACCGUAGAAAUUACAAUGAUCACAAAUGUGUACCUUUGUGAAAAAGAUGUUGCUUUAAUGGAAUUCUUUUUUGAGCUGAAUUUUAGUGACAUUUUCUUUGUUAUAUUUACAAUUACUUUCAGUCAAAUGUUUGGAAAUAUCUUUAAGGUUCUGUUAAAGACAGAAAUAUGUACAAUAUCACAGUGUAUUUGUUUUACAUUUAAUUUCCUUCAUAGAAGAAAUUCUGGAUAAGUAUUAGUCAAAUUUUCAUUCGUUCCAUAGAGAAACAUUAAUGAUUGGUUCUGAAAUCAAAUCGUUUUUAAGCCAAUUAAUAAUAUGCCAAAUCAAUAGUUCUACUGUGUACUUUAUGGCCAAGAAUAAACAGUUGUAUACAUAUAGUUGAAUGCUCUAAUGGUAGAAUUGUCAUUACGUUUGACUUUUCCUAUGCAAACUGAUAAAUUAAAGGUGCUAAAUAGGA